CGCUCUGCUCUGUCUCCCUCAGUGUCUCUGAAACUCUUCUCUGUGUGUAUGUGUGUGUGAAAGAGAGAGAAGUGACUGGGGGAACAGAUGAGCUCGGCUCAGUGACUUCCUCGCUCGAACCUCGCGGAGUGAAUGAAAUGACACAUUCAAAGUGGACUACAACAGCUACACCAUGAACACCUGCGCCUUUCUGUUGAUUUUGACUGUUCAGAUCUACGCCGAUGGCAUCGAGGGACCAACAGCUGCCGGCUGCACAUUCGAAGAGGAUUCAGACCCCAAUCUUUGUGACUUCACCCAAGGGGAAGAGGAUGACUUCGACUGGCUGCUGUAUCGCACAUACGCGUCUCCUUAUGCCAGCUCUGACCUCCUGCGGGGAUCAUAUAUGUUGGUGAACUCCUCCCAGCAUGCCGUGGGUCAUCGUGCUCAGCUGCUGCUGCAGUCGCUGAGUGAAAAUGACACGCACUGCGUCCAGUUAAGCUACUUCAUGUAUAGCCGCGAUGGCCACAGUCCCGGGGCUCUAAGGGCGUACGUGCGAGUCAAUGGCGGUCCACUCGGUAGUCCAGUGUGGAACACGUCGGGGUCUCAUGGAAAGCAGUGGCAUCAGGUUGAGCUGGCUGUCAGCACCUUCUGGCCUAAUGAAUACCAGGUUCUGAUUGAGGCAACUGUUUCCAGGGAGCGGCGAGGAUUCAUUGCCAUAGAUGACAUCAUGGUGCUCAACUAUCCCUGCUAUAAAGCACCGCACUUCUCCAGGCUAGGAGAAGAGGAGGUCAAUGCUGGGCAAAACGCCACUUUUCAGUGUGUUGCUGCUGGAAGGGCAUCAGAGGCUGAGAAGUUCCUGCUGGAGAGACACAAUGGGGACAUUUUAACAACAGCAUCUGUAAAGCACCUGAGUCACCGGCGAUUCGUAGUGUCCUUCCAGCUAGACAACAUCCAGCGAACGGAUCAAGACCUUUACCGCUGUGUCACUCAAUCCCCCAGGGGCUCUGGGGUCUCAAACUUUGCUGAACUUGUUGUCAAAGUUCCUCCAUCCCCCAUUGCACCACCCCAGCUGCUGCGUGCCGGCUCCACUUACCUGAUCAUCCAGCUCAACACCAACUCUAUCCUGGGAGAUGGCCCCAUCAUCAGGAAGGAGAUUGAGUACCGCGCCAGCCAGUCUCCAUGGUCAGAGGUGCAUGGGGUUAACAUGGUCACCUACAAGCUGUGGCACCUGGAUCCAGACACAGAGUACCACAUCAGUGUGCUGUUGACUCGGCCAGGAGAGGGAGGAACUGGACCUCCGGGACCACCUCUUGUGAGCAGGACCAAGUGUGCAGAGCCCAUGCGUGCACUGCGGGGCCUCACAGCCACAGAUAUCCAGUCUAGGCAGUUGUCGCUGCAGUGGGAGAAUUUGGCGUUCAACCUGACUCGCUGCCAUACCUACUCAGUGUCCCUGUGCUACCGUUACACCACGGCGGGAGGUGGCGGGGGCCACAACACCACUGUGCGUGAGUGUCUGGCAGUGGAACACAAUGCAUCUCGCUUCACGCUGCGUGAUCUGCCACCCUACCAUGGCAUCUAUGUCCGCCUGUCACUGGCCAAUCCAGAGGGGAAGAAGGAGGGCAGAGAAGUUACUUUCCAGACCGAGGAGGACAUUCCUGGAGGCAUAGCACCAGAGUCGCUCACCUUCACUCCGCUGGAUGAUAUGAUCUUCUUGAAAUGGGAGGAGCCUGUUGAGCCCAACGGCCUUAUUACCCAGUACGAGAUCAGUUACCAAAGUAUUGAGUCAUCUGACCCAGGUAUAAAUGUGCCAGGACCUCGCAGAACAGUGUCAAAGCUGAAGAAUGAGACUUACCACAUGUUCUCCAACCUCCACCCUGGAACUACUUACCUUAUCUCCGUCCGUGCUCGAACGGCCAAGGGCUUUGGCCAGACAGCCCUCACUGAAAUCACCACUAACAUCUCAGCUCCCACAUUUGACUAUGGAGACAUGCCGUCCCCCUUGAGUGAGACGGAGAGUACUAUUACUGUCCUGCUCCGGCCGGCUCAAGGCAGAGGGGCACCUGUCAGCACAUACCAGGUGGUGGUUGAAGAAGAAACUGUGAAGAAAGUGAAGAGGGAGCUCGGACUUCAGGACUGUUUUCCCUUACCCAUGUCUCACGGUGAAGCCCAGGCCCGAGGCACACCACACUACUACACCGCAGAGCUGCCGCCCAGCAGUCUGCCAGAGGCCAGUCCCUUCACUGUGGGCGACAAUCACACUUACAAUGGCUACUGGAACAGUCCUCUGGAUCCACGCAAGAGUUACCUUGUCUACUUUCAAGCUAUGAGCAACUUCAGAGGGGAGUCCAGAAUCAACUGCAUCCGCAUUGCUCGUAAAGCGGCCUGCAAAGAUCACCGCAAGGCUUUGGAGGUGUCCCAACACUCUGAGGAGAUGGGGCUGAUUCUCGGGGUGUGUGCCGGUGGUCUGGUCGUCCUCAUCCUCCUGCUGGGCGCCGUCAUCAUCAUCAUUAAGAAAGGAAGGGACUACAACUCUUACUACCCAAAGCCAGUAAACAUGAAUAAGACCCCCAUUACCUACCGGCAGGAGAAGAACCAUAUGGGCUCCAUGGAGCGCAGUUUCACCGACCAGAGCACUCUUCAGGAGGAUGAAAGGAUGGCUCUUUCCUUCAUGGAUGCACAUACCUGCGGUACACGCAGCGAUGCUCGUAGUUCGGUGACUGAGGCCAGCAGUCUGCUGGGAGGCUCCCCGAGGCACCAGUGUGGACGUAAAGGCUCCCCCUACCACACGGGGCAGCUCCACCCUGCCGUGCGAGUGGCUGACCUCCUCCAGCACAUCAACCAAAUGAAGACUGCCGAGGGCUAUGGCUUUAAACAGGAAUAUGAGAGUUUCUUUGAUGGCUGGGACUGCACAAAGAAGAAGGACAAAACCAAAGGGAGGCAUGACACUUUGUCAGGAUAUGAUCGCCACAGAGUCAAGCUCCACCCUCUCCUGGGAGACCCCAACUCAGACUACAUCAAUGCCAACUAUAUCGAUAUUCGGAUUAACAGGGAAGGCUACCAUCGAUCCAACCACUUCAUCGCCACUCAGGGACCCAAGCAGGAGACUCUAUAUGAUUUUUGGAGGAUGGUAUGGCAGGAAAAUUGUUUCAGCAUCGUCAUGAUCACUAAACUGGUGGAGGUUGGCAGGGUUAAAUGCUGUAAAUACUGGCCAGAUGACAGCGAGAUGUACGGUGACAUUAAAAUCACUCUGCUCAAGACAGAGACCCUGGCUGAAUACACAGUUCGUACCUUUGCCUUGGAAAGGAGAGGAUACUCAACCAAGCACGAAGUGCGUCAGUUCCACUUUACGUCCUGGCCCGAGCACGGCGUGCCCUAUCACGCCACUGGACUGUUGGCCUUUAUACGAAGAGUGAAAGCCUCAACACCUCCUGAUGCUGGCCCAGUGGUGGUCCACUGCAGUGUUGGGGCGGGCCGCACUGGCUGCUACAUCGUCCUGGAUGUCAUGUUGGACAUGGCCGAGUGUGAGGGCGUGGUGGAUAUCUACAACUGUGUCAAAACGCUCUGCUCUCGACGCAUCAACAUGAUCCAGACAGAGGAGCAGUACAUCUUUAUCCACGAUGCCAUUUUGGAGGCCUGCCUGUGCGGAGAAACGGCCAUCCUGGUGAAUGAGUUUGCUGUCACCUACAAAGAAAUGCUGCGAGUGGAUUCCCAGAGUAAUUCCUCUCAGCUACGGGAAGAGUUCCAGACUCUCAACUCUGUGACUCCCCACUUGGAUGUGGAAGAAUGCAGUAUUGCCCUGUUGCCCAGAAACCGAGAAAAGAACCGCAGCAUGGACGUCCUGCCGCCUGAUCGUGCCCUCGCCUUCCUGGUUACGACAGAGGGGGAGAGCAACAAUUAUAUCAAUGCUGCUCUCGCCGACAGCUUCCAUCGGCAGGCCGCUUUCAUCGUGACUCCACACCCUCUGCCUGGCACCACGGCAGACUUUUGGAGGCUGGUCUUUGACUACGGCUGCACAGCUGUUGUCAUGCUUAAUCAACUCAACCAGUCAAACUCUGCCUGGCCAUGUGUUCAGUACUGGCCGGAACCUGGUUUACAGCAGUAUGGACCCAUGGAAGUGGAGUUCCUGUCCAUGUCAGCUGACGACGAUGUUAUUACCCGUCUAUUUCGGGUCAAAAACGUCACAAGGCUCCAAGAAGGCCAGCUGGUGGUGUGUCAGUUCCAGUUCCUGCGCUGGUCGGCAUACCGUGAUGUUCCGGACUCAAAAAAGGCUUUCCUCAACCUGCUGGCUCAAGUGCACAAGUGGCAAAGAGAGUGUGGAGAAGGACGCACUGCUGUCCACUGCCUUAAUGGUGGUGGGCGCAGUGGUACCUUCUGUGCUUGCAACAUUCUCCUCGAGAUGAUCCAGUACCAGAACAUGGUGGACAUCUUUUACGCUGUUAAAACUCUACGCAACUGCAAACCCAACAUGGUGGAGUCUCUGGAUCAGUAUCGGUUCUGCUAUGACCUUGUCCUGGAGUACUUGGACUGCUUUGAAGGGAGAUAACAACAAAAUGUUUAUCACAGCGGCAGUGAAGAUUUACAUUAAGGCCACCCAGUGACCACUUCUACUUUAUUGUUCGGACCUGUGGAUUUGGCAUGAAAGGAACUGAAAGAAAGGAGUAGGGAAAAAGAAACUGUUCAAGGUUUAAACGUUUAACCUUUAAUGUACAGCUGUGUUUUCCUCCUUGAUGGUGAUGUUUAUCUCUUUUGAUAUCUUUUGUGCUUUGCCUCUUUGACUAAAGCUGUUGUUGUCAUGAAGUAUUCUGUUGUGGCAAAACAGUUUUCUGAGCUGCAAAAUGGACUUGUCUAUCCAGAAGAAGGGUCUUGUUGGCUUUGUUUCACCAUUUCAUUCAAACAGUGCAAGGACUGGAUAUACUUCGAGAGUUACAGCGGCAUAAAUGUGGAAGCAUUUUCUUCUCUUUUAAGAGCUACAGACAACAGCAGUCCGCUGUGGUUGUGGCAUGACUUAUCUAUUAUCUACCAUACCAUAAACUGCCUUAUUCUCUGAUGAUAAGACUAAUGUAUUCAAAUCGCUGAAUAAGUCUUUAAAAGGUCGCCAUUCUGUUGUAGAAACAAAAACAAAAAAAUACACCGCUUUUAACAAGAGACCUACUGCAUUAAAUCCACCUGGCAAGUCCUCGACAGGAUUGAUGCAGUAACUGUACAGUUGUGCGAUGUGUUUUAUUUUGCCAUGAUAUUUUGUGCUGGAUUACCACGUGUGCUACAGUAUAGAUGGACAUUUCCAUGAGCCACAGUGAUGGCCUUGGUACCACUGACUGCUGGAGAUUCCUGUGUCAUCGCUGUCACAGUGCCAAUUCCACUGACUGACUAACUUGAACCCUCUCUUUUAUUUUCUUUGUUCUAUGACUUACUUCCUCAUGAUAUUUGCCUACAGACAUACAGUGUAUACUGCAUCAUCUAAUGUUCUUGCUUGUCUGUAUUUUCAUACCCAGCAGAGAAAAAUGAAAACGACAAAAAUGUAUAUAUCUAUAUAUACAUAUAUAUAUAGAUAUAUAUAUAUAUAGUAUAUAUGUAUAUAUACACACACUCGCACACUGAACGCACCCACACAGUCAGAAAGAAACUGUCGCCCAUGGGCCCUGAAGCUUGGUUGUCAUUGAUUCGAUAGAUCAAAAGAUUCCACUCUUUUCUAACUGUUGGCCUGAAGACCACUGGAACUGUUAAUGCUUGAAUCAGUGAAACAUCCCCUGGAAAGACUGACACACAUGAAGCAAUUUUUGUUGUAUUUCAUUUAAUCUUUUCUGCUCCAGAACUAAGACAACAUCUUCCCUACACUCCAUUAUUACGCUUUAAAAUGUGUUACGCCCUCCCCUGGUCUCCUGAAACUCGGUAAAGUGCAGGUUUUCAAGGAAGCCAGUAAAGGUGUCACUCCAGGGUCUGCCCUAAUAAACGUAGAGAGACACUCCCCGAUGCUCACACAAGAUGAGAAAUGGCAGCGAGGCCAACUGCUGCUCAAUUGCGGCUCACAGUCUGGUUCAGCAGCAGAAUAUGUGAGGAAUUUCAUACUCUGUCCACAUUGCCCGGCUCCCACAGCUUCACUGACAUGGCAGCUUGUUUUUGAUGAUGAAGAAUGAGGUAGCUACAGUGUAGUCCGUGAACUGAGUGCCUGGACACUUUUCCUCAAGGGUGAAAGAAACAUGUACAUACAGAUGUAUAUUAUGUUAUGUGAAUACUAUAUUGAUAUUAUACUAUAUGUUUGACCAGAGUAAAGACAUACAGUAAGUAACCGCUACAUAACCACCAAGCUGAAUGUGUUGUAAAUGACCAUUUUGUGAGUUUAUUGCCAGAACUUCUAACACCCGAGUACGAACUGAGUCUCCGAUUGUUAAACUGGUUCGUGAAAAGCAUGUGUGAACCCAUUGUCUGCUUUGUGCUUCGUUUUGGCUCAUUUGAAAAGAAAAAAAAAAAAAUUCCCUUUCAUCGUAAUUUAUUUCAAGCGUUGUGUUGUCCAGCCGCCGCGACAGCUGUGUGAGUGCAUUGUACAUUUACCAUUCCAAAGCUUUUUUAUUGUGACGGCUCUCUGAGCGCUGGUGACGGCCCUGAGAGUGCUGUUGAUUUUACCUGUGUGUUUCUGUAUAAACCCAACGGUACAUGACUACUGUGUUUUUGACCAUUGUAUUUGUGGGGACAAAGGUGUGUAUUAAAAAUGAGACGAACAGAAAAGUUGGAUAUAUUCUGGGGUUAGGCUGAGGUUUGUUCUGAAGAUCAACAACAAUAAAAGAGUAAGGGGGAAAAAGGA